AUGUUAGGGCGGUGGUUCUACAAAAGGCGUGAAGAUACUUUAAAUCUGCAGACACCAUACAGCAAGGGAGUUGAGUAUAUACUGGCCAUCCGUGAACAUUACGCUCAGUCAAUGGAUGUUCAGCGGAUAGAUGCAACUAGUUUCCAUGUUGCUUCUGGACGUUCGCACUAUGUAGUUGAUCUAGAACAGGGUAAAUGUGAGUGUGGAGUGUUCCAAGUCGAGAAAAUGCCCUGUACACAUGUCCUUGCAGCGCUUGCCUCAGCUGGUGUGCACGUCUCACACCAUACAUGUGACACAUACUCGCAGGAAUGCUUGUAUACGACCUACGCCCAUCCUAUAUAUCCUGAGGAGGAAAUUGACAACCACAAGAAGAAGAGCGAGCGGUGCCGACCUCCAAAACCGAAGGAUGGGCCUGGUCGUAAGAAGAAAUCAAGAUGGCAGUCAUGGCUGGAAAUUUCUAGGAAGUCUAAGAAGAAAGGCAAGAGUCGAAGGAAGAAGCCCAAAGUUUACAGCUGCUCCAAAUGCAAGCAACCAGGACAUACGCGCCCGUAUUGUGUAAGCUCGUGCGUCCCGCAUUCCAUUAGUUUUCAUUACACAACCUCUGUAAUUUGUUUGCUCUUCACUAGGUGUCCAAGCCUGCUGAGAAGUAAACUCGGCGGUCUACGAGCGGUCUUCCGGAGGUCUACGAGGCUUUCACGUAGCUUCUCUGGAGGUCUACGAGGUCUACGAGGCUUUAACGGAAAUUCAGUGGAGGUUUACGAUGCCUACUAG